AUGUCAGCAAAGACGACAAAAGGUCCCGGCGGCAAGAAGCCAGCCUCUGCAGCAACCAACUUGAUCGCUGGUGGAGGAGCAGGCAUGAUGGAAGCUCUCGUCUGUCACCCUCUCGACACAAUCAAAGUGCGCAUGCAACUUUCAAAACGAUCGCAGCGUGGUGGCGCUCGUCGUGGCUUCAUCCAAACCGGAGUUCAGAUCGUAAAGCGCGAAACACCUCUUGCCCUCUACAAGGGUCUCGGAGCUGUUCUCACUGGUAUCGUUCCUAAGAUGGCCAUCCGUUUUACCUCGUACGAAUGGUACAAGCAAGCCCUCGCCUCGGAAUCUGGCGAGAUCACCUCCAGAGCUACCUUUUUGGCAGGUCUGUUGGCAGGAGUGACAGAAGCCGUUGCCGUCGUCACACCAAUGGAAGUUGUCAAGAUCAGAUUGCAAGCUCAGCACCACAGCAUGGCUGACCCCUUGGACGUGCCCAAAUACCGCAACGCUGCUCACGCAUUGUACACCGUUGUCAAGGAGGAGGGAGUGGGUGCAUUGUACAGAGGAGUCUCGCUCACGGCAUUGAGACAAGGAACAAACCAAGCUGCCAACUUUACCGCUUACACCGAGCUCAAGGCUUGGUUGCAAGAGCGAUCUGGAAACCCAUCGGCUGCAUUGCCUGGCUGGCAGACUGCCUUCAUCGGUUUGAUCUCUGGUGCUGUGGGUCCCUUCAGUAAUGCGCCCAUCGAUACCAUCAAGACCAGACUGCAAAGAAACCCUGCGCAACCUGGUGAGACGGCCAUUGGAAGAAUCGUGACUAUCGCUAGUCAGAUGUGGAAGCAGGAAGGUAUCAGGGCUUUCUGGAUGGGUAUCACACCUCGCGUUAUGCGUGUUGCUCCCGGUCAAGCCGUCACAUUCGCCGUAUACGAGUACUUGAAGGGUAUCUUGGAAAAAAGCAGGGAAAUGUUACCAGGUAAUACUUAUGAAGAGUAG